AUGGUUUAUGGGUGAAAUAUUAACCAUUCAUUCCAAUUUCAGAUAUAAGUAUUGGUAUAAUUAUUUAUAGGUGUUAUCAGGUUUUUCAGGAAAAGGUUAAAUAUCAUCAGGAUAGUUCAUAUAUUUACUAGAGUAAAAAGAAACAAAAUUCAAUUUAUUAACUUUUUAUAUUUCUAUUUCUGAUUAAACAUAAACAAUUACUCAUAAUGUGUUUUAUUCUUUUAAAAAAACAACUGGUACUUUAGUAUUUAAUUUUGAAUAUGAAAAAUAUGAAGGAUAAUGGUUAUUAUUUUAUUUCUAUUUUAAUCUAUUAUCAGAAUCAACAAUGAUUGGAUUUUAUUAAUUGGAAUAAACAAUUACAACAAAAACAUAAACAAUAAAUGACAUACCUGCUUUAGUCAAGGAUAUUACACAUUAAAUAGGAGGGAAAUAAGAUAUAAUAAAUUAAUUUGGAGAGGAGUUAAGAUUAACUUAGUUUAUUGGAAGAUUGUCAUCAGUUUUCAGUUAAGGGUCAGUAAAUAUAUUUUAAGACUUGGAGACAUUUUUAUUAGAUUGUUCCAUAGAAACUGAGUGUUAAGAAUCUACUUAUACAUUAUCAAGUAAUAAUUAAGUAUUUUUGGGAUUGAAAUAUUUAUUUGGUAGUACAAGUGUAUUUGAAUAUCCAAUAUAUGUAAUAAAAGGAUGGUUAAAAUUAUAAUUAUUUGAGAAAUCACCUCUUGAUACUGUGAUUUUUAGAGUUACAAUAAAUCAAGACUAUUAAGAUGACAUGGAGAUUGGAGAUAAAGAUAUCUAUUUAAAAUAUCAUUAGAAUGUCAUUCCAGAAUCUAAUGGAUUUUCUAUAACCACGUAUUCAUACAAUUUUCCGACUUCAAAUAGAUACACUAGUACUGCUUCGGAUAUCAUAAGUAAUUUUGGAGCAUAAUACUUGGAGUUAUUUAUUAAGUGGCAUUAUAUAUAAUAUGAAAUUGGAACAAAUAAUAACUAAGGGUAACCAGUUUUUAUGAUGUAUUUUCCAUCACUAAUGGUUAAGUAGAAAAUAUAUAAAUGGAAUAAUUAAAUCAAACAUUUCACAGGAACAAAAAUGUAUUAUUAUAUUGGAGGAGAUAAAUAAAGCAAAAAUUAUUUGAGAGGAUACAUCAGUGAUAUGUCAUUAAGUUCUUAUUGCACAACUCCUACUAUUACACUAUCUCCUAAUUGUCAUUAUUCAUGUCUGACCUGCGAUGGCCCUAAUAGCAAUAACUGUUUAUCUUGUCCAUUAAAUAGUCAAAGAAUAUAAUCUAUUACUUAAAAGAUUUGUGCUUGCAAAAAAAAAUAUGUAGAUAUUGAAAAUGAACCAAUUUGUAAACCAGUAUCAGAAAUCUUUCCAUAAAUGACAGAGGUAGAAUAGGAAUUACAUUGUGAUACUCAAGGUAAUGAUGUUUGUACUAUAGAGAAAAAGGAAUGUUCAUUUGGUUAUUUCUAAUAUGAAGAAUAUUGCAUAUAAUGGUAUCUUAUAAAUAAAAUAUAGUCCUGGUUAUUCAUCAAUUAAUACAAGAAGUAUGAUUUAGUGUUCAAAUUGUUUGUUUUACCCAGAUAGCUUUUAAUAAUCAUUUAAAUGUAGAUAAGACACAAUCACAUAUGAAUAUAAUGAAAAUUUUUCAUAUUACACUAUUAACAGAAUGGAGAGAGAUGUAGAAUUUUAUAAUAUAAUUAAAAAUGGAAAUGGAGAUUAUGAAUUAAUUCUAAAGUAUGGAUUUGAUAAAUCUGAUUAAUGUAAAUAAGGAUACUUUUUAAAAAAUAAUAAUUGUAUUUCCUGUAUUCAAGGAUGUCAAACUUGUCAACAUGAAUCACUUUGUCAAACAUGUUCUUCUGGUUAUGUUUUAACAGGAGAUUUUUCAUGUACACAAUGCUUAGGUUGUACAGAUUGUACAAUAUAAUCGGAAAUAGUUUUAUGCAAUAUAUGUACAACUGGAACAUACCUUUCAUCAAAUGGGUCUUGUAUUCCUUGUGGAUAGAAUUGUGCAAGUUGUGAUUCAAAUGGAAUUUGUCAAUACUGUGAUGAUCCUACUAAGUACUUUUAAACAUUUGAUGGUUAUAAUUGCUAAUCUUGCAGUAUUGAAAAUUGUAUUUAUUGCUAUUAAUACUAUGUUAAAAAUGAUAUUACUUAUACAACUCUUGAUAUAAAUUAUGAAAUUUUAAAAUCAAGUUAAGAAUAGUUUUAUAUUGGAUGUGCACUUUGUUAAACUAAUCUUUAUUAUAAUUUAUUAACAUUUACUUGUUCAGAAAAACCUGUUACAUCUACAACAACUACAACUGAUCCAAUUAGUGGAGGUGGUGGAGGUGGUGGUGGUGGUGGAGGUGAUGGCCCUUCAGACUUUAUUGAUGAUUGCACUUUUGGGCUCAUUAUCAAUACAACUGGUGAUACUGAAUGCUUGAUUAGUACAACAAGUAAAACUUCCACCCAAAAUAGAGAUUGUUAAUCAAUCUCAAAUUGUUAAGAAUGUAUUGAAGAAUAUAGUUUAACCAUAACUUUUUGCAUAGUCUGUGUAGAUGGUUUUUAUUCAUCAAUAUUAACUGGUUAAUGUUUAUAAUGUGAUACUAAUUGUAAGACUUGUAUUUAAUAGAGUUAAACUUAUCAAGAUUAUUGGAAAUGGAAUAUAAAGGCUUAUUAUAAAUAUAUUUUUAAUUAAGAUGAUUCUCACUCCUUUGAAACCUAUGCAGUAGAAGCUUUUCAAAAUAAUUUUGAAGUAAUUUGCACAUCCUGUCCUUUAGGAUAUAUUUUGGAUAAUCAUAAGUGUAUCAAAAAUUGUGAUUUGGAAUGCACUAAAUGUCAAAUUAUAAAUGGGGUUGCAACAUGUGUAUAAUGUUUGGAAACUCCAUAUGGAUUUUUAAAAAGUUAAGAUUCAAAUGGUGAAUGUUUAGCUUGUCCAAGUAAUUGUGGAGCAUGUUUAGAAAGAACUCCAUCUGAAAUAACAAAAUUCAAUCCAUAUUUUAUAUCCUCUCCUUCAAACUUAAAAUAUACGAGAAUUUGUUAUGAAAAAUUCAAUUUAGAUUCUCCUGAGGGUUAAUACUUUAAUGAUCAAUUAUUAAAAACUAUUACCUUUUGUGAAACAUAUAAUAAAUGCUAUUAUUAAGUUAUAUUGGUUUAAAACAUUUAUUGUUCUUAUAAUCAUUUUAAUUAAACUGCUGAUAGUUUAUCAGGAGAAAGUUAAAAUCUUUUUAAGAUGAAAAAUAUUUAUAUAGCUGAUCUCUUUUAAAAGAAAUAUUUAUCUGCUGUUGAAACAUCAGGAUUAUUUUAGUAUCUAAAUGAGAAAGUAAUAAGGGAAGUAAUUUUUGAAUAUACAUUAAUUUAACAAAAUGGAGAAGUUUGCAUCAUACCUUCAUAGUCAUAACUAUUUUCUAAAAUUUAAUAAAAUGUUUUUACUGUUUAAACUGUUAACUUAAAAUUUAUUGGACAAUUAUACCCAACCACUAUCACUUUAGAGUCUACAUUAACUUUGAGUAACUUCACAACAAUUACAUUCCAAAAUAUUUAAUUAGAUACUUUUAAUUAAUUAAACUCCUAAUCAUUGGGUACAGCAAUUAAUUUAGAAAAUUAAGCUCUUAGUCUCAACUUAAUCCUUCAAGACUGUGUUAUUACUACUAAAAAUUCUACACCUAUUAUUACAUCACUUUAUUUUAUGUCUGAAUAAGGUUAUUCUUUAAGUCUCAUAAAUGUAAUAAUAGAAAAUCUAAAAGUUAUAAACUCUGAAAUUUUUUCUUUCAUUUCGAAAUCUUUAUUCAAUUCAAAUAGAUUAAUUGUUUAUAAUUUAAAGAUAAUCAAUUCAUAUUUUUCCGAUACAGAUUUAUUCUACUUUGAAGGAAANAGAGAUUGUUAAUCAAUCUCAAAUUGUUAAGAAUGUAUUGAAGAAUAUAGUUUAACCAUAACUUUUUGCAUAGUCUGUGUAGAUGGUUUUUAUUCAUCAAUAUUAACUGGUUAAUGUUUAUAAUGUGAUACUAAUUGUAAGACUUGUAUUUAAUAGAGUUAAACUUAUCAAGAUUAUUGGAAAUGGAAUAUAAAGGCUUAUUAUAAAUAUAUUUUUAAUUAAGAUGAUUCUCACUCCUUUGAAACCUAUGCAGUAGAAGCUUUUCAAAAUAAUUUUGAAGUAAUUUGCACAUCCUGUCCUUUAGGAUAUAUUUUGGAUAAUCAUAAGUGUAUCAAAAAUUGUGAUUUGGAAUGCACUAAAUGUCAAAUUAUAAAUGGGGUUGCAACAUGUGUAUAAUGUUUGGAAACUCCAUAUGGAUUUUUAAAAAGUUAAGAUUCAAAUGGUGAAUGUUUAGCUUGUCCAAGUAAUUGUGGAGCAUGUUUAGAAAGAACUCCAUCUGAAAUAACAAAAUUCAAUCCAUAUUUUAUAUCCUCUCCUUCAAACUUAAAAUAUACGAGAAUUUGUUAUGAAAAAUUCAAUUUAGAUUCUCCUGAGGGUUAAUACUUUAAUGAUCAAUUAUUAAAAACUAUUACCUUUUGUGAAACAUAUAAUAAAUGCUAUUAUUAAGUUAUAUUGGUUUAAAACAUUUAUUGUUCUUAUAAUCAUUUUAAUUAAACUGCUGAUAGUUUAUCAGGAGAAAGUUAAAAUCUUUUUAAGAUGAAAAAUAUUUAUAUAGCUGAUCUCUUUUAAAAGAAAUAUUUAUCUGCUGUUGAAACAUCAGGAUUAUUUUAGUAUCUAAAUGAGAAAGUAAUAAGGGAAGUAAUUUUUGAAUAUACAUUAAUUUAACAAAAUGGAGAAGUUUGCAUCAUACCUUCAUAGUCAUAACUAUUUUCUAAAAUUUAAUAAAAUGUUUUUACUGUUUAAACUGUUAACUUAAAAUUUAUUGGACAAUUAUACCCAACCACUAUCACUUUAGAGUCUACAUUAACUUUGAGUAACUUCACAACAAUUACAUUCCAAAAUAUUUAAUUAGAUACUUUUAAUUAAUUAAACUCCUAAUCAUUGGGUACAGCAAUUAAUUUAGAAAAUUAAGCUCUUAGUCUCAACUUAAUCCUUCAAGACUGUGUUAUUACUACUAAAAAUUCUACACCUAUUAUUACAUCACUUUAUUUUAUGUCUGAAUAAGGUUAUUCUUUAAGUCUCAUAAAUGUAAUAAUAGAAAAUCUAAAAGUUAUAAACUCUGAAAUUUUUUCUUUCAUUUCGAAAUCUUUAUUCAAUUCAAAUAGAUUAAUUGUUUAUAAUUUAAAGAUAAUCAAUUCAUAUUUUUCCGAUACAGAUUUAUUCUACUUUGAAGGAAAAUAGAAUUAACUUUUAUUUAACACUUAGAUGAAAGCUAUUAGUAUCAUGAAUACAACAUUUUAAAAUUCAAAUUUUAUGAAAUCAUAAACAUAACUAGACUAUGAUAUUGGUCAAGUGUUAAUUCAAGAAAUUCAACUAAAUUAAGUAAUAAUUAAAGAAAAAUCAUCAUUACUUAGUAUUUAAGGUGCAGAAUCAUUAAAAAUUCAAGGUUUAAUUAUGCUAGACAGUAUCAUUUCAUAAGGCUCAUACCUUUACAUUUGCAAUAUCUUUGAAUUACAGGAUAUAUAUAUAAACAAUACAAAUAUCACUAAUAGUACAAUGCUAAGUAAUGAUGUCGAAUACUCAUAAUCAUCUAAUGCACUAAUUAAUGCAGCUAAAGUGUCAAUUAUUAAUUGCACAAUUGAAAAUAUAAAUUAUAAUAAUCAGUAAGCUAUUAUUAAAUUGAUUUCCCUAGAAAAGAUAUCUGCUCUAAAUGUUUCAAUAAAGUAAUUUACUUUAUCUAAAAGUGUGAUUACAGACAUAGUUCAAAAUAAAUAUAUAUCUUACUAAUAAGCAAUUAUUUAUAUAGAAUGUUAAACAUGUUUAUUGGAGGAUGUGGAAAUUAAUAGAGGACAUGGUUUACCAGAAAUAACAAUUUUAAACUCUUAGAAUCUAUCAUUAAAUAGGAUUAAAUUUACUUAAUCAAUAUUAUAUCACUCUAAAACACUUCAUUAAUCAGUUGAUUGCAUGCUCAAUUAUGCCUAUGAUGAUAUGUAUUUUUAUUUAUACAUAGGAUUGUAUUAAAAUAUUACAAUAAAUAAUUUAGAAUUGUUUGAUUCUAUAGCUUUUAAUAAUCCUUAUAUAAUUAUUAAAGCUUAUGAUUUGAUGGAGAAAAUUCAAAAUGAAUAUAUAAAUAUCCAGAAUAGUAGAUUUGAAUCAAAUAUGUUAAUUAUAACUAAAAGAAACAGUGCCACUUCAAUUAUAUCAUUAUAUUCUGAAUAAAAUUGCAAAAUAAGUAUAGACUGUGUAGUAUUUAAUAAAAAUCAUUUAAAUUAAUACGUUUAAGAUUUAUCUAGAUAAUCUGCAUCUACUCUAAUACUAUAAUUAUAAUAAGGUAGUGUUUAAAUAACUAAUACUGUUUUCAAAUAAAAUCUUGUCACUAAUUCAACAGAUUCAAUAUUAUUAAUAAAAUCUAUUGAUGUGUUAUUUCAGAAAAAUAAAUUUUCUAACAACAAUAUUUUGCUACUUUCCAACUUAGUUUAGAAUCUAUUAUUAUUUGAAGACUAAAAAGAUUAUGAUGGGAUGAGUAUUAUGUAAGCAUUUCCAAUUAAUUCAAAAAGUGGAAAUGGUUUGAUAAUAGCCAAUAUAAUCUCAAUAGAUAAGACAUAAGUUAAUAAUUCAUUUUCAUUGUAUGGUGGUGGGUUCUAUAUAAUUGCAUAGGUUACAGGAACUAUCUAUAUUUAGAACUCAAUCUUUUAAAAUACAUUAACUAGUUUAUCAAGUUCUUCAUUUUCAACAGGUGGUUGCCUCUACAUAGAUGCCUAAUUAUCAGAGUUAUAUUUACGAAUAUAAUCAACAACUAUAGAAAAUGCAUUUAGCAGGAUUUAAGGAGGUGGCAUCUAUAUUGUACCUUCGUAACAAUAAAACUAUGUUAAUCUACAUAAUUUAACAGUGAUAAAUUGCUUUUCCAUCUAAUAUGGUUUCUUCUCAUACUAAUUAUCAAGUCUUUAAAGCAUAAAUUCUGAAGUUUAAUUUAGUGGAAUAUCAUUUAAAAUUACGAAAUCUGGUUUCAGGAAAUAUUUAUCUCUUUUAGUAUCACCAACUAGUGAUGAUUUAGAUUUGAUACGAAAUGAUAACCCUUUGAUUAAAAUAAAAUUUGGAUCUGUAUCAAUAGAAAAUUGCAGUUUUAUAUCAACCCAUAUUUAAUUUUUAAUAGAUAUUGAAUUUGCAACAAAUAUUUUGAUAAAAGAUAUUUUCAUUCUAAAUUCAACAAUCUUGUUUUCUCCUUUGAUAAGAUUAAGUUUAAGAUAAUGUAAUUAUUUUAUAUAUAUUAAAUAGUAUAUGCUGGAAAUAUUUUAUUAAUUAAUAUUAAUGCAGAAAAUGUGAAAUAAUAUACUGAUUAUUCUGAUUCUUUGUGUUUAAUAUCAACAUACCCAAUACUUUAAUCUUUAACAUGUCCUGGAGGUAUCAUAUAAGAAAAUCCAAUUAUAAAUGAAUAUGAUACAUCACUUGAAUAGGAAUAUUAAUAAUUAUGUAAUUAAAAUGAAGUUUAUAAAUAAGCAAAUUAUAAUUUUAGCUUAUUUGAAAUAGAUAAUUUGAAUUCAUCUCAUAGUUUUGAAGUUUAAGGAUUAAAUUUUGACUCUAUAAUUUGUAAAUCAUGUUAAUAUGGCAUUUUUAGAAUUAAGGGUAUAUUUUAAUUAUAGACUGAAAACAUCUUUUUUAAUAAAAUUAAGAUCUUUAAUAGUGAAUGUGGAUAAACAGGAUGUCUUUCAUUAAUAUAAUCAGAAGAUGAUGAAUCUUUUUUAAGAAGUGAUUUACUAUUAGUUAAUAGGAGAAGAUAACUUCAAAAACAUGAUUAUACAAAUUUAAUAUAAUAAUUAGAUUAUUAAGCUAGAAUAAUGAAUAGUAAAUUUUUAAAUAACAAUGCAAUAUAUGGAGGAUCAGUUUUCAUUGUAUAAACAAAAACCAUAAUACAUAAUUGUUUAUUUCAGAAAAAUAAAGCAGAUAUAGGAGGGGCAAUUUAUUAUUAUUCAAAUGAAUCUUCAAUGAUUAUAUUUGAUAGUGAAAUAAUUGAAAAUUAAGCUAAAAUAGCUGGAGGAUUGUAUUUGAAUAAAUAGUAACUUUAGAAAACAAUACAAUUAGAUGUAUUUUUAUCAAAUAAUAAUUCAACUCUUUUUGGAUCAGAUGUAUUUGAGAAUCCAAGAUCUUUAACAAUCUCUGUUGAUGGUGGUCAGACCUUUUUAACCAAAAUUUUGGUAAAAUAAAGUCCAACUAUGAUCAUAGAAAAAAUAAUAGUCACUCCUUAUAAGAUAUUGGGAUAAUCUGAAAAAGUUAAAUAUCUAACAUUUCCUUCUGGUAGAUAAAUAUUUUCUUAUUAAUUUUUUGAUUAAUUUCAAUCAGAGUAUAUCCCUUAUAAUUUAACAUUCCGUAUAAUUGCUCUUAACAAAUAUAACACUCAAGAAAAAAAAUUAGCUGGAACUACUUGCACAAUGACUCCUUCAAUUAUUAAUACUACUAGUGAAGAAGCAGUUCUAGGAUUAAUUGGAAAUUUAUCCUAUAGUAAAGUGAAAUUUAAUGAAACCACUGGUGAUUAUAAUCUAGAUGAUUUAAUUAUCUACUUCAAUCCAACAUAUGAGGAAGAUAUUGUCUUAAGAUUAAAUAUUUAAUGUAAUAUUAUCUCAAUUCCAGAAUAUGAUGUUAAUCCUCCUUAUUUAAUUAAGAAUUAUUUAACAAACUAUAAUUUGUAAGUAGAUAUCAAAACAUUUUAAUGUUAAUUAGGAGAAUUCUUAAAUACAACUUCUGGAGGUUGUACAUUAUGUGAUGUAAUUUAAAACCAAUAUUAAGUGCAAUGGAGUGCUUAGAGUUGCAGUUAUAAAGAUGACUUAAAAAUGAAAUCAAUAGAGUCUUCUAUGAUUGAAUUAAGAUAAAGUUAUUGGAGGGCAUAUUAUUAUAGUUAAAUUAUAGAAUAUUGUUACCACUUGACUGAAAAUUGCGAGGGAGGAUGGUAACCAGGAGAUGAAUCUUGUAUAAUUGGACACAUAGGUGCUUUGUGUGAGUAAUGCGACUUAUAUAAUAUUAGAGGAGAUGGAUCUUAUUCUAUAAGUUCUUAAUAUUCAUGUGGAAGUUGUGAAGAUAUUUCUGGAAAUGUAUUAACUAUAUUUUUCAUCAGUAUUUGGACUCUUGUUUCAAUUUUAAUGUCUGUAAGUAGUACUGUUUAAAUGAUUGAAGAAUUUAUUAUUGGAAUUCGAUUAAAAGCAUUUGGAGUCACUGUUGUUAUUAAAUAAGCAUCUACUGCUAUAUUAAUUAAGGUAUUCACAAAUUAUCUAUAAAUCAUUUCAACUAUUGGUACAUUCUAAUUACAAGUGCCUUCAGGAUUGGCAUCAAUAGUUAAUAGUGCUGGUAAUCCAAUCGAAUCAAUGGCAUAUUCUCUCGAUUGCUUUUUAAUAAAUGUUUCAGAUAUACUAAUCAUUUACUUUAGAAUUAUCUGGAGUCUAAUGAUGGCAUCUUCAUAUAUCACAGUGUUCUUCACUUUAGGAGGAAUAGCCAUUAUGUUUAACUCUAUAAAAUUCAGAUUCUCUUAUAUUACUACAGCUCUUAUAUAUGUAUUUAUUUACUUACAACCUAAUUUAAUAGGAGGUUUGAUCUCUUUAAUAUCCUAUAGGGUAAUUUCAAAUGAAUAUUGGAUUUAAGGUAAUGUAGCCUAUCGUUAUGAUACAUAUCAGCAUGUUAAAUGGUUAUUAGGCUUUUGCUUUCCUUUAUUGUUACUUUUUGGAGCCAUAAUACCUGCUUAUUUAUGGUAUGGAGUAAGAAAAAAUUUGCAUCGUUUAGAUCUUACUAAAGUAAGAUAAAUUUGGGGCUAUUUAUAUAAUGAAUAUAAAUUACAUGCUUAUUAUUGGGAAACCAUCAAAAUCCUUUAAAAAGAAUUAAUUAUUAUUGUAUUAGCUUAUUAUGAGGAUCACAUUCCUAUAAAAGCAUCACUUGUAUUUUUAGUGCUAUUUGGAUAUAGCUUUUUAACUACAGCUCAAAAACCUUAUAUGUCUGGCGAUCUCAAUUACUUAGACACCCAAUCGACAAUUGCCUGUGCAGUAUCAAUCAUCUUAGGCAGUUCUAUUUAUACAGCCUAAUAAUCAGAUUUAUAAGAAAUAGUGUGGCCAUUCUAUAUCAUUAUUGGAAUAUUAAAUGCCUUAUUUAUAGCAUAAAUGCUUAUUAAAAUAUUAUUUGCUUAUUUUGUGAAAUUACAUGAUCAAAUUGAUUAAGUAAAAGAUUUUGUUAAAAGUCAUUUUCCUAAUUUUAUAAGAAGACAUCCAUUUUUAUAUGAGUUAUUUGAAAGUAGAAAGAAAAAAUAGGAUAGGAUUCGAGAUAGAUAUGGUAAAUUAAGAAAUUAUCUAAUAGCUUAAGCUAAAAAGAUAUUAGAAUUUAAAAAGUAAUUAAUUAUUAUAUUUUCUAGAUUAAAUAAUUUAGAAAUUCCAGGAAGAAUUAAAACUGAAUUAUAAGAUAGCCAAGAAGUAUUAUAAGAAAAAAAUGUAUUAAAACUUGGAAUUAAUUCUAUAAACAGUCCAUCUAUAAUUCCUUCUGAGAGAGUUGAUUGUAAAAUCGAAGAAUAAUGUGCAAAGUCUAAAUCUCCAAAAGUUUAUCCAGAAUUCCCUAUACGUUACAUCUCAUAAGAUAGUUUGAAAUCCAGUUUUCAUUAAUCCUAAACCUGA